CAAGUGGUUAAGGAUCCGACACGAAACUCCAAUAUCCUAGAUCUUAUUUUUGCUAACAUGAGCUCACAUUAUAACCCCCCUGAAGUAAUUGCACCACUGUCUACCUCCGACCAUAAUAUGGUUAUUUGGAUGGCGAAAUCACAGCAGCGCUCGGUAAACAUUGUGAAGAAAAUUAAAUUUCGUCCACCGCCAAGAUAUAACCUGCAACAAUUUGGUUCCUGUCUUGCCCAAUAUGAUUGGUCAACCGUACUAAACCUUGAGAACGUAGAUGAAAAGGUUGAGGAUUUCACCAGAGCUACUAACGACAUGAUUAAUUACUAUUUCCCGGAGAGAACAGUUCGAAUGCACUCCGAUGAUAAAUUUUUUAUAACAACAAAAAUAAAAAAGUUACUAAGGAAGCGAGAUAACGCAUACAAACAAGGAAGAAUGCAGACGUUUAGGAAACUUCGUAAUAGAGUAGCAUCGGAAAUUACAAAGGCAAAGAGGCACUAUUAUGUAAUGAACAUUGGAUCAGGCUGA